GGUUUGUUGUUUCAGCUGAAACAUGCUUGGGAAGGCUGAGAAGUGGGGUUGUCUAAUGUUGGUGGUUUCUGGUUUUUUUAUUGCAGCUUUUUAGUUGGAUGCAAAAUAAGAUCAAUGGGAAGCAAGGAAACAAGAAACCAAAUACAGUUCCUACUACAACCCAUUCUGCGAAACAAGAGCCACGCGAAGAAUUCAGUGACUGGCCUCAUGGAUUACUAGCAAUUGGAACUUUUGGAAACAAUGAAUUGAAAGAAAAAAAUGAUGCUCAAAGCCAAGAUAUUCAGGAAGAUCCGUCUUCAUCCGAAGAAAUCCUAGAUAAUUUCACACCAGAGGAAGUAGGUAAAUUGCAAAAAGAGUUGAUGAAACUCUUAACGCGAAAACCAGACAUAGAAAAGCAAAUCGCAGAUCUUCCGUUGGACAGAUUUCUAAAUUGCCCAUCGAGCUUGGAGGUUGAUCGGAGAACCAGCAACGCCCUUUGCUCCGAUUCAUCAGAUGAUCACAAGGAUGAAGAUAUUGAGAAAACUAUUAGUGUCAUACUUGGUAGAUGCAAAGACAUUUGUGCAGACAAUAAGAAGGCAAUUGGGAAGAAAUCAAUUUCUUUUCUUCUUAAGAAGAUGUUCGUUUGUAGCAGUGGAUUUGCACCAGCACCAAGUUUGAGACAUACACUUCAAGAGUCGAGAAUGGAGAAGCUUCUUAGGGUAAUGCUUAACAAGAACAUCAUCAAUCCACAAGGUGCUUCUCGAGCAUCAUCAAUGAAGAAAUACCUCGAGGACAGACAGAAUCCAACAAAGAAGGGACAUAACAAUGAAGAUGAUACAAAAGAGAAGAUUAAUGAUGGAUGUAAAUGGGUCAAGACAGAUUCUGAAUAUAUAGUACUAGAAAUUUGAGGUGCCUAUGUUUACUACCAUUCUUAUUAGUUAUUACAUGCUUCAUAAAUUAUGAAAUCAAAUACUCGAAAUUUCAGAGAGGCAACAACGAAUCAUCAAUAAGUUCAUCCGCAGUGGCUUCAAAGAUGAUCAGAAAAAAAAUGCAUAUAUGUAUGACUGGACGGCUUUUCUAUUUUGGUGUCGGUGUUGAUUCCCUUUUUUUCAUGGUUGCAUCAGUGGAAACAGAAUGCAAUACCAUGUUUUGAAGUUACAAAGGGACAAAGGGAUUUUCUGUAGUCUCUGCUAGCAAAUUAAGCUAGACAAUCUCUACAUUUUUCAUCCUAUUUUCUACACAUUUUUCUCUGUCUUUUCUUUUCUUUUUUUGGCUGAAUUGCUAUCUUUGUAAUAUAA